CUCGGUCGAAUCUUUUCCCCUCUGCAUUGAUAUCAGUGAUAGUGAAAAUGUCGUCAAAAAGGAUAUUGGAUUCUCUUGACAUCUUGCAGAAACAGGGCGCUUUCACGGCAUUUCCCAAGGUUCUCACGCUUCCAAAUUGAAAGGGGGAUCAAAUCGGCUCCAUCAUGCGCGAGGAUAUCCCAUUUGACGUAUGGCUCCCUGUUUUCCAGGACGUCUAUGAGGACCCUCGUCUCCUCUCUGAUGAUGGGGGUUCCGAAUUCGUCUUGUCACCCUUGCAUCGCCGAUUACUCGUCCACCUCAACUUGUCCAGAGUUUCGAAGCGCUUUCACGGUCUCUCGAAGGUUGUAUUCUACCAAAAGUUGCAACUUUACACAUACGAGGCUUUGCAUCACGUUGCUACUGUGGUGAAAAAAGACGCUCAGAUGGCUAGACUGCCUCGAUCUCUCGGAUUCAAUUUCUACGAGUAUAGAUGUAGCGCUAGUUCCCCCCGGCGCCCCAGGAAGAUGAAGACUUGGGUGGCGCAGGAAGUCCCCCACGAUGCCGAUCCUGCUACUCGCUCAGCUGCUCUUAUCCGUCAGGAUAGGCUUAACAUGUCGUACAGCCAGUUUCGAAAUUAUGCCCCAUCCAUGACGAAGCAGUCCACACAAUGGGCCGCCUGGGGAGGAUAUAUAAGGGCUAUAUUGGUGGCCUGUCCAAGCAUUUCGGAAGUGAGGAUCGACGCUACAUCUGAUCAAUCCUACCGUUCUAUGCCGCGGCAUUCACACCACUAUCGAACCCUGUUUGAUGCACCCGACUUGGAGAAUCGCUCUGUCCUCGAUGGACUCAUAGCGGCCGGAAACCUUCGGAAAUUACGUUUUGUGAAUCCAUCCCCUCUUCUAGAUCUAGGUCCCGCGCUAAAGAGGUGGAGAUUUCUGCAAGAUCUGCACGUUGAACUUUCCCCCCGUUUCCCUGAAAAUGACAAAUUUGACAAAAUCACAUUCCUGCCCCCUUCUUCACUAGAGAAUUUAACGCUACUCGUCGAUCGCCAGACAUCGGGGUGGCCAUUAUCAUCGGAUUUGCUCAAUUGCAAGGGUCUGCGACGCGUUCGCCUUGGAUCGUCAAACCUUGCAGUUCCACAGAACGUUAUGGCACUGAAAUACCUUCUUCAUACGUAUAGAAACACUCUCGAAACUAUCAUGCUGGACUUGCGGUCCGGUUCCUUAUCAGCAGACAUUGCACUUAUUUUCAACACGGGGGAUAUCGAAUUCCCCAAGUUGGAGAGGCUUCACAUUUCUGGUGGGAUGUCUUCCAUGGACUUCUGGAGGAAGAUAUACACGCCAGCCCUGCGUGAACUUUCCCUUCGACACCUAGAUAUCGAAGACCAGGAUAUGAGCCGAUGUAACGAUGAAUCCUUCUGGGAGGCCUUCUUCGAGCAAUUGAGCUUGAAGAACUUGAGGACGCUCCGUCUUGUUGAACAUGGUAGUGGUUGGGAAGCGCUUGAACGUGUGGCAGCCUCCCGCGGAAUAAGCACUCCCCCUUGCAUGCUUGGAUGGUGGAGCAGCGUGGCCCGAGAAAUUGAGGAAGGAGGUGUAGAGGAAACGGAAGCAUUACCAACCACUUUUUUUUCCACCCAUCCAUUGGCCCCCUGACCGCCAGCCCUCUGUUCCGAGGCUGAAUACUUUGUCCCAUUUCGACCCAAAGUUCUUUGUCUGUCUUUGAAUUCUUAGCCCUCGAUAUCGGGGCACCGAUUGAGUUUCCGCGCCACUGGCGCGACCAUCGUUGGUUCAGUUGUUUCUUCUUCUAUUCUGUUCUCCUACUUCUGUUAUUGUCGUUGUUACUUUUUUUUAACGGCGAUUUGGGGUCUCUUUUGUAUUCACGCAUGCCUUCGCGAACUUAGCUAGUCAAUGCCGUUCCAAAUCUCGGCGCGAAACCCCAAUUUUCUUACGUAUCACAUCACCGUUUGUCCAGGACCUCGUCCUCCUUCAUAAUGCAGGUUCGCACCACGCUCAACCUCAGCUGUUCGAGCAGUCUCCCCGCCUGGAGCAUUCCAUCGGGCUUUCAGCCCCCCUGUCUCCAACACCCAGUUAAAGCCUCAUCCGCCGUGCCAAGAAACAUUGAGCCAACAA